UCAUCGCCAGCGUGAAGCCUUGAGGACGCCAUUGUUUAUUUUUUAUGGUCAAAAUCCGCUUCUCCGGCAAAGUGAAACCUAUACAUUUUGUAGUGCUGCGAGUGUGCGAGUUUUGUGCACGUGAAGUUGUUGAUCGCAGGAUCCGACCGCCGAUAUUUGCGUUGGCAGAUUCUUCGCGCACCUACCUAUCGAGUGAGAAGGAACGAGUCAAGUUCGCCAUCGCCAUGACCAUCAUGCGGUCGACAUGACGAUGUGACAUGCCCGGCAAUCAUAGGGUCUUCUCACUUCUUCUGGAUCUGCCGCUUCUUCUAGCGCAUUAAUGUCGCGUUUAUGAAUCAAAACAGCGAAGGAAAGAGACGGGAAAGAACGCCAAACUACAAUCGACAUCAACAGUAGGCUUGGGCAGAAGGAGGUUUCAAGAAUUUAACAGCAGUUUUGGCACGUUCCGGAAGAGGCGCCACACAAGAAAGCAGGCCAAAACAAACUCUAAGCAACGUUCCGGUGGCCCGUAGUUGGCGUGGGAAAAUAUUUCCGUGUAUAACUAGCCUCCCAAUUGCCUAUCGCGGGGUGGCAUGACGGCUGUUUCGGAAAUAUCGGGCACCGAAUUGAUGCCGGCAUCGGCAGCUAAACAUAAUGCCAUUUUGCGUUGGAAACGGGUUACUAACCCUAGCGGGCCGCAACCGCGUCCUCGGCAUGGACAUCGGGCCGUUAAUAUCAAGGAACUGAUGGUGGUGUUUGGCGGCGGAAAUGAAGGAAUUGUGGACGAACUACAUGUUUAUAAUACGGCUACCAACCAGUGGUACGUCCCUGCAACGAAAGGUGAUGUGCCUCCGGGAUGUGCGGCGUACGGGUUCGUCGUCGAUGGAACACGUAUACUCGUGUUCGGUGGAAUGGUGGAAUAUGGGAAAUACUCGAACGAAUUGUACGAGUUGCAAGCUACAAAAUGGGAGUGGCGGAAAUUGAGGCCCAAGCCACCGGAGUCCGGCCCUCCACCCUGCCGUCGCCUUGGCCACAGUUUCACACUGGUUGGGGACAAAAUUUAUCUUUUUGGUGGUCUAGCAAAUGAAAGUGACGAUCCAAAGAAUAAUAUCCCCAAGUAUUUAAACGAUCUGUACAUUCUGGAGAUCAAAAACAAUUUAUUACAGUGGGAGAUACCUACAACCUUCGGCGAGAGCCCACCGCCCCGUGAAUCGCACACGGCCGUGUCGUGGUAUGAUAAGAAACAGAAGAAAUACUGGCUUGUGAUUUACGGUGGCAUGUCCGGAUGUCGAUUGGGUGAUCUUUGGCUGCUCGACACCGACAAUAUGUCCUGGACAAGGCCACGUACACUCGGUCCACUACCUUUGCCGCGAUCCCUACACAGUUCGACACUGAUUGGAAAUCGAAUGUACGUAUUCGGUGGCUGGGUCCCAUUGAUGAUGGAUGAGGUAAAAAUUGAGAAACAUGAAAAGGAAUGGAAAUGCACCAACACUCUCGCAUGUCUGAAUCUCGAAACGUUGACCUGGGAAGAGCUAGAUCUGGAUACAGAGGAAGACAACAUGCCAAGGGCACGCGCCGGACACUGUGCCGUUGGUAUACAUACACGAUUGUAUAUCUGGUCAGGACGUGACGGUUACAGAAAGGCCUGGAACAACCAGGUCAGGGUAUGCUGCAAGGAUUUAUGGUAUCUCGAGGUGGAACGUCCGGCUGCUGCCUCACGUGUGCAGCUAGUGCGCGCUUCGACUCAUUCACUCGAACUAUGUUGGAGUUCUGUGCCAUCUGCCUCACAUUACAUACUAGAAGUACAGAAGGUAGCGACACCACCUCCACUACCAGCACUACCGGCUCCAGUGACACCAGCUUCACAGACUACUUUAGUUGCACCGGCUUUAUCGGGCACCAUCGGAUCUCCAGCUUCGAACAAUACCGGAAACAUGUCGCCGGCACAGAUUAGUAACAGUUUCAAUACACUGCCUGUGUCUGGAGAACAACCACUACAGCAGCCAACGAUUAAACAACUGCCGGGACGUGUGACUGGAUCAGUUGUAAGCAACGUGCAAUCACCCAUUCUGACACCGCCAACAAUACAGCCGACGCAAUCUGCAACACCUGGCCUACAAUCACCAUCGGGCGGGGGUCUUGCGAUGGUUAGCUCAUCUUCUGUGCAUACUGUCACCUCACCGGUGCAGCGCAUCGUUACAAAAGUUCAGCCAGCGAAGCAACUGACCACACAAAAGGUGCUGACGUCUGCUGGUACUUCACAGAUUUUGCAGCAACAACCGCUGCAGAUAGUCACGCAGGUUUCAUCGCAGGGUCAAACCCUGCAGUCUGCUGUGGCCCAAGCCGCUACGGUGGCUGCCGCGGGUCAAACUCAAACGAUCCGUGUCGUAGCAACAGGAGGAGGAGCAGGUACAACAACGGCCAUUUCCGGUACUCAUCAACUUACUGCUGGUACCACUGGUACGCCGAUUCGAGUACUCUCAUCGACUGGUCAGCAACUACGAAUUGGCACAGCCGGGAAUGCAACGCUGCAGCCCGGUUCCACAGCAACCGCCGUGUUAAGGUCCGCGAGCGGGCAGAACAUUGUUUCGGGCGCUCAGUUGCAAACUGUCCAGCAGCGCAUUAUCAGUGGGACAACAGUAGCUGGUCACACUACUACAACAGCUACUAUCGGUGGAAAGCAGAUCAUUCUUCAGAAACCGAUGACUAUCGUUAGUGGAGCGACAGCCGGAACAACGGCCGCUUCGAUAAGCAGUGCCACGGGCGGCACUGCUGGAGGUCAAAUUCUAACACUUGUCAAGACAAGCCAGGGUAUGACCAUGCAAACAAUGCCGAAGAUGAGUGUAAUGCAGCAAAAGACACUAACUUCAACAGUGUCGCCAUCAACUGGUGCUAUCAAUCAGCCUCAACAGCAGCAAAUUAUAACAUCGAGCCUGGCUGGUGGCGGUGGUGGUUCUGUGCCAAAAGCUACCGUUAUAGGCGGUAACGUCGUUAAGCUUAUGUCGGCGGCCGGAGGAUCGGCCACCCUCGGUGGAAAGCAGAUUCUCAUGAAAAACUCCAACAUCGUGCAGGUUGGCAAAGUUGGAACAAACGCCACUGGCAAACCAACCCUCGUACUUACGAACAAAGCCGGCCAACCGAUUCGUGGCCAGCAGCAGGUGAUUGUCGUGACUACCCCGCAGGGUAUUCGAACAGUCAGCGGAGCGGUUACUGCGUCGUCGGCUGGCAGCAACUUCGUAACACUGUCGUCCUCGCAGGUUAUUAAUACGAUAAGUUCGGCUCGUGCUACACCAUCGGGUAUCGUAGCGGCGGGAGCUGGAACUACGAUUCUGCAGACAGCGACCGGCGCUGGCGGAGGCAGCACUUCAACGGCCACACUUCAGGCGUCGGCCGGCGGGACUACAACCACUAUAGGCGGACAAGCGAUCAAACUACGGGCAGUUCAAGGUGGUAAACCGAUCACAUUCACAAUGCCUGUCGGAGGGCUGCAAGCCGCUGGUCAGAAGAUAACCGGCACACAAAUUAUGAUGCCGCAAAAGUUGAAUGUAGGUGGCAAGGCAGUAACGGUUCAACUUUCGUCUGGAGGACAAAAGACGGUAACUCUGGUACCUUCUGGAACUGGCGGAACCCAUGUUGGCACGACCGCCGUCGGUGGGCAUGGUGCAACGGUGGUUAACCAGCCAAAAAUUCUCAUGCUACCCUCAAAAGGCGCUACACGAAUCGUUACCCCACAGCAAUAUCAACAGAUUCAACUACAGCAACAACAGAUACAGGCUGCUCAACAGCAGCAGCAACAACAACAACAGCAACAGCAACAGCAACAACAACAACAACAAUUGCAAGAACAACAACAGCAAGUUUCCACGGACGCUGCAUUUGCAGCAUUGGCCGCAGAAGCAGGUCUUAUGGAUGGAGCCGAAACAGAAGCGAUGGAACAGAUGGAUGGAUGUUUCGAUCUUGAGAUGAUGACUGACGGUAGGGAUAGUGUUUAUCACCAUCUUGUGGAGAAUGAUCUGCCGAGCAAAAACAUGCUUAACAUGCAUGAUGCUGGCAAAGUUGAUGAAAAAAAUGAGCAGGCCAUGGAUAGUUGCAAUCUGCUGGCGAUGCCAAUCUUCGAACAGCUCGAUGGUUGCGAUGAUGGCGAUAUUUUGGGGACGCCACAGUACGUAAAGCUUGGUUUAAGAGGAGGAACCGUUACCCUGGGAACAGCAUCGGUCACCAACAACAUUUCCCCAGCUGAUGGUGAAGGUGGUAUCGCAGUGGAUGGUACAGACGAGCCUGUCUCCGAUGUGCAAGAAAUGGAAGGAAAUGAGGACGAUGGGAUUAUACAGGAACAAUUGGCCCAAGCCGAUGGGGAGGGAGCAACAGGCAAUGAGUUGCAUGAGGGAGAUAAUUUGGAGACAGUGGCAGAAGGAGCAUCAUCGGGAGCUGUUGUACCCGGAUCCGAAAGACACGAUGGCGAUAUGGUAGCAACUGCGGAACGAGUAGAAAGCAUGGAUAUGAUUGAUAGUGCCGGGAGUGCCGAGUUGGAGGAGGAGAACGAAACAAAAAACCAGCAAGAGAAAGAUGUAAAUACUCUUGAAGGAUUAUUGGAAGCCAGCGGCAGUGGACAGCAAGAACCGCAACAGAUAUCCCUCGGAGAAGAUGAGCAUAUGUUGGCACAAUCUAGAAAUGACCGAGAAGAUGCUACGGUAACCCAACAGACAUCCACACGUCUCGCGCCAACGGCUUCGGAGGCGGAAGCCGCCAGCAUUCUCACUACAAUCAAAGGCGGCGAAAUUAUAUCCCUUCAUAAUACUGACCUUCUGUCCGGUUCUACUGACAACAUUAUUCAACUGAGUUCCGGAUCAUCCGCCACCUUUUUGCAGGAUACAAAAGCAAAUGAGAAUGGGCAAACGAUCAUAUUUAAGGCAGAUGCUGCUGCUGCUGCUGCUGCUGCUGCUGCUGAAGAUGCAACAACAGUCACGCUUAGCGACGGUUCCACAUGCGUUACACGCUUGUCUUCGUCCUCGAGUGAUUUGUCCGUCCCUACGAACACGACCAUUCUGCAGUCUCUUCCUAAUGCACCCAGUAACAAUCUUAAGAUAGACGACUCAUCCACAGGCCAUCUCGAUGCGCUCGCAGAAGCCGCUGCAUCGGCUACGUCCGCACUUCCAACGGAACUAAUAAACUGUGGUGGCGCCAGUGCCAGCGUUUCUACUGGUAGUGGUAGUGGUGUGCCAAUGGGUGAUUUGCUCACUUCAACCCAAUCCUCCUCAACGCAACAGCAGCAUCACAUCUCAUCGAUAAAGUUUGCAGAUGGCAGCACAAAACAAUAUACGAUGAGCGGACCCAUUAUGGGCACAUCGUCCGUUGGAAUCAACAACGGAACGAGUAUUAGCAAUAACGCUUCAUCAGCUGCCAAAAGCCAAGGAUCAGGGCUAAUCAGUGUUACUAACCCGGGAAAUAAUGUUCUUGCAGGUGCUAAAAUUGAUAUCCCUACAGCCGGUCGUACUGUUGGCAAACCGAAGGAGGAAAAAGAAGAUAAGUUCAGCAAACCAAAAGACGAUGCGGACGCCUGGCAUACUGUUGCCAUAUUAAAGACACUGAACCUCAACGUUUCCAACUACGUCGAUUUGAAUGAAUGGGACUGUGCGGUAGAUGGGAAAAGCCUGACCGCGGACAAUUUACCAGACUUGACAAAUAUGAAGCGGAUACCACUGGAAUCGGGUUGUGCCUAUAAAUUUCGCGUUGCGGCGAUCAACAGCUGUGGACGAGGCGAAUGGAGUGACGUAUCACCCUUCAAGACAUGCCUUCCUGGUUUUCCGGGGGCGCCGUCUGCCAUAAAGAUUUCAAAAUCACCCGAAGGAGCUCACCUUUCCUGGGAACCACCGCCUUCGACGACUGGUGACAUACUUGAGUACUCCGUUUACCUGGCAGUCAAAUCACAGAGCACAUCCAAAGACAAAGCGGCUUCAUCCCCGGCACAGCUGGCAUUUGUUCGUGUCUACUGUGGCUCUAACAACCAGUGUACGGUCGCGAAUCAAGCUCUGCAGACGGCACACGUUGACUUCACUUCGAAGCCGGCCAUUAUUUUCCGUAUUGCAGCACGGAAUGAUAAGGGAUAUGGGCCAGCAACGCAGGUCAGAUGGCUCCAAGAUCCGCAGUCAACUAAAAUACCACCACCAGCAGGCAGUAGCUCGGGUGGAGGACUAACUGGAGGAGUCAGUGGCAAGCGUGUGAUCGACAAGUCAGUGGUAGGGGCAGCGAACAAACGUGCAAAGCUCGGUGCUUCCUCAUCAACAGCUCUAUAAUCGAUGAAACAGCUGUCAUCGUGCUUAUACAGGCGGAUGAUGAAAAGUCGGUUGUAGAUUGUGAAAAUUAAAAAAAAAACAAUAUAUGAUUCAUUAGUAUAUUUCGUUGUGUAGGUAUAGAGUUUAAAUCAUAAACAUAAAAAUAACAUUUUCGUACGUAUGUGCAGCGCAACAACCUUGCAACCUUGCAUACAGCGCGCUAUCGUUUUAUGUGGCAUCGUGCGUAGAAUACGUAGUUACGAAUGAUCAUUUGAAUACUGUAACAAGUAUCUGUCGUUGGUGACGCUCUUGUAAAUUAUCCGGAAAAAAGCAAAUACUUUUUAAACGUUUUAUUAUUUACACUAUGCGUAUGAUAAUCCAGUUUUGGGCUUUUCUUUGAUUUGCUUAAAAAGAAAUAUUAACCUGUUCGAAGAAAAUUGUACAAAAGUUUUCAAUUUAUUUUUUACGCUAUUGCUUUGACUAGGAUGACGCCAACAGUUCUAUGUACGAUCGAUAUUGAUUUAGAUAUACUAGUUGUAUUCGUUCAGCACUGACAUUGCAAAAAAAAAACGGUACUGUCAUUAUGGUUUUAACAAUAAGUUGUCAUCUAAAGGUUCGCAAACUUUUGGUUGAUAAAUUGGUAUUCAGCAUACUGCUUAGUGAGUCAUAGCUACCAACUAAAUAGUCAAAGCGAGAGAGCUCCGUUAAUGAUAUAGGAAUAGGAAUGGGCAGAACAGAGAAACAAGAUUCAAAUGUAUAUUUAGAGUAAGCAUGAGCAAAACAAAGUACCAAGACGAUAAUAUUGAUCCGUAUGUUAAUGAUGCGAUUCGAGGGCGCCGUGAUGAUUUCAGCUGGAUGAUUAUUUUUUCUUUUUCAUAAAGUAAGUAGCACGGGUAGUAAAGUUAUAAACAAUUGAUUGAUCGAAUUGAUCUGGGAUUGGACUGCACACCCAUUUCAUCCAUACGUGUGCUCACAUAAAUAGCGCAUUAUCGUAGUAGGGGCUGGAAGGAUUUAGCAAAUUCAAUAAACAACUUAUGGAGUAACAUA